AUGGCCGCGUGGAGCGCCGGCGUUACCACCGAUUUGCUCGCCCGCGCGCUCUCGCCUGCUGCGGAGAAUGGCGCCUCGCGCUGCCUCGGUAUUGCCGAUCGUCGCUCGCCUCCCAGUUGCCGACCCAGUUCUACCUCGCCGCCCAUUCCCACUGCCGCUCUGUUUUCACCCGGCGCGCGCGAUUCCCUUAGCGUGUCCUGCCUCGUAUCGUUCCGCCCGCCACUCUCGCGCGUCCGUGCGAUCUCCGCCUCCGCCGCUUCCGCCAGCGAUACGGAUGGCCCAGAUCUCUCCCCACGACCGUCCCUCCCUGAUCCGACGCCGCGCGCCGUUCUAGAUUUUCCGCCGGCCGAGGGCUUCGGGGAGGAGCUGACGAAGCUUCUGACGAUGCUUCCGGAGAAGGUUCGAGACGUUCUGCAGCGGCAUCCGGCCGUCCAUUCGCUGGUGGAGGUCGUUCUCGAUCUCGGCCGUCGGCCCGUCGCACGGUUCCCCGUGGGCGACGUUUUCGUGUGCGACGACGUGGUAACAGCGGGCGACAUUGAAUACUGCGUGUCACAGGUAACAUCCUUCAUUAUUUCCCUCUCCGCACUCUUCGCUUUCCCUCGCCAGCUCUCACACCGCAUGCUCAUUGCAAGCUCCCUCCGUGCAAGCGCCACUCACCUCGCCACCGCCCGCAUACGCCUUCUUCAGUGCGCGUCGUCACUCUCCAUCUCAUCCACUUCCUUUCCCGUUUCCCCUGCCUUCUCCCCUCGUCACCUCCUCCCCCCAUUCCCUCCCCCCCCUUCCCUCUCGCCGCCCUUCCGCUCCGCGCAGGUUGGGGAGUUCGGAGCGGACAACCGCGCGGGGAUAGACCGCACGCUGCACCGCAUCAGCGCCAUCCGCAACCGCGCGGGGAGGAUCAUCGGGCUGACGUGCCGCGUGGGGCGCGCGAUUUCGGGCAGCGCGGAGAUGGUGCGCGACCUGGUGGCGGGGGGGGAGUCCGUGCUGCUCAUGGGCGCGCCGGGCGUGGGGAAGACCACCGCUAUCAGGGAGGUGGCGCGAAUACUAGCGGACGAGUGCGCACGGAGGGUAGUGGUGGUGGAUACGAGCAACGAGAUCGCAGGCGAUGGGGACAUUGCCCAUGCCGCCAUUGGAUCAGCACGGCGCAUGCAAGUGCCGCAUGUGGAGCUGCAGCACCAGGUGAUGAUAGAGGCGGUGGAGAAUCACAUGCCACAGGUGGUGAUAAUCGAUGAGAUCGGGUCGGAGCUGGAGGCGGCAGCAGCGGCCACGAUAGCGCAGCGGGGCGUGCAGCUCAUUGCCACGGCUCAUGGUCGCUCUGUGGAGAACCUGGUCAAGAACCCGCACCUGCACACACUGGCAGGGGGCGUGCAGACAGUGACGCUGGGAGACGAGGAGGCGAGGAGGAGGGGAGUGCAGAAGAGUGUGAUGGAGAGGGGAGGCCCGCCCGUGUUCCAAGCGGCUGUGGAGAUGCACUCCCGGGGGCGAUGGUCUGUGCACCGCAACCUUGCUGCCACUGUGGAUGCGCUGCUCUCAGCCAUCUGUCUCACAACCCUCACUUUCGGCCUCCCUUCUCCCAUCCUCUCCUUCCCUCCCGUGUGCUCGCCACGCCACUGCCCCCAUGGUUUCCUCACAGGCAAGGCACCGCAGGUGGAGGUACGGGAGAUGGGGCAGCACGGGGAGGUGUGGGUGGAUGGCGAUGCUGUUAGCACCGGCAGAGGCGGCAGCAGCAGCAGUGGCGGUAUCCCUGUCGGUGGCCGCAGCAGCAACGGCGACAGCGGUAUCUCGCGAGCCGGUUCGUGGGACGAGCAGGGGUGGCAGAGUCUAGGAAGCGAGGGAGCAGUGGGAGCGAUGGGUGUGAGGGAGUGGGAUGCAGCGCAGCCCAGGGAGGGCGGUGGCAGGCAAAGAGAGAGAGGCAGUCCCGCACGGCCCUCCCAUGCACCAUCACCCUCUGCCUCUCCCUCCUCCUCUCCCUCUGCCUCUCCCUCCGCCACUCCCUUGGGCUUUGCUUCUAACGGUGGCAGCAGCGGGGAGAGCAGCGGCAGCGACACAGACACACCAUCAGCAUCAGCAUCGGCAUCAGCAUCCGCAUCCGCAUCAGCAUCAGCAUCCGCAUCAGCUUCAGCAUCAGCAUCAGCAUAUCAGCAUCAGCAUCAGCAUCAGCAUCAGCGCAUCAGCAUCAGCGCAUCAGCAUCAGCAGCAGCAGCAGCAGCAGCAGCAGCAGCAGCAGCAGCAGCAGCAGCAGCAGCAGCAGCAGCAGCAGCAGCAGCAGCAGCAGCAGCAGCAGCAGCAGCAGCAGCAGCAGCAGCAGCAGCAGCAGCAGCAGCAGCAGCAGCAGCAGCAGCAGCAGCAGCAGCAGCAGCAGCAGCAGCAGCAGCAGCAGCAGCAGCAGCAGCAGCAGCAGCAGCAGCAGCAGCAGCAGCAGCAGCAGCAGCAGCAGCAGCAGCAGCAGCAGCAGCAGCAGCAGCAGCAGCAGCAGCAGCAGCAGCAGCAGCAGCAGCAGCAGCAGCAGCAGCAGCAGCAGCAGCAGCAGCAGCAGCAGCAUCAGCAUCAGCAUCAGCAUCAGCAUCAGCAUCAGCAGCAGCAUCAGCAUCCAGCAUCAGCAUCAGCGCAUCAGCAUCAGCAUCAGCGUCAGCAUCAGCAUCAGCAUCAGCAUCAGCGCAUUAG